AUGAUCAAGCCAACGAACCAGAAGGUGUGGUUUAUCACCGGGACUUCAACGGGCUUUGGACGACACCUCGUCUUGUCUGCGCUUUCCAGGGGUGACCGUGUCAUUGCCACGGUUCGAAAGCUUGACGACUUCACCGUCAAGAAUGUAGACCAGUCUCGACUACAUGUCAUUACCCUCGACGUCACGGACAAUGAAGACAACAUCCGGGAUAAGGUCGACGCUGCAGUGGGCAUCUGGGGACGCAUCGACGUCCUCGUGAACAACGCGGGCUACGGUGUGAAGGCAGUAGUCGAGGAGGGCGGAUCUAAAGUUGCAAUGGAGCAGUUCCAAACGAACUUCUUCGGUUUAAUCAAUGUCACCAACGCCGUGUUGCCCUACAUGAGGCAGCGCAGGUCUGGAACGCUAGUCGUUAUGGGUAGCCGGCUGGUCUGGCAGGGACACGGGCCCACCGAGGCUUACUACAUGGCUUCAAAAGCUGCGGUGCAUGCUGUGACCGACUGUUAUAGAGCGGAGCUCGCAGAGUUUGGGAUCCGGGUGCUCCUCGUUGCCCCGGGCGGCUUCCGCACCAACAUCAACAAGGAGAUCACAUAUGCGGUGGACCGCCGCAUCCCCUCAUAUGAGCCCCUCAAGGAGAACGUCAUGAAGAAGCUGGGCGGCUACUUCGCGAACGCCAAGGGGGACCCUGCAAAGGGUAUGGACCUCGUCGUGGACGUUGUCCGAGGCGAAGGGAAGGCUGUUGGGAGAGAGUUCCCUUCUACCCUUCUUUUGGGAAGUGCGGCAUAUAUACAUGCACAGCUGCACUGCGAGCGGCUCGCAAAGUCGAUGGCUACGUGGGGGGACGUCUCCCGGGAUCUAGACUUCGACGAUGACGAGGGCUAUUCUGCCGAGAGCCCGUGA